AUGUGAAGACGGAAAUACCCGAGCAGUUCCGGAAAAAUCCGGGGAGCUUUGAGUGGUAAUCGAGGGGCAGACUAUGGCAGUGGGCGGGGUCAGCUCGGUACGUUCGAAGGGCGUUGGCGGAAAUUACCGAAGAUGCCCGAAGCCGUCGGGACGGACCCGAGUACCUCACGCAAGAUGGCGGAGCUGGAGGAGGUGACUCUGGACGGGAAGCCUCUUCAGGCGCUGCGGGUGACCGACCUGAAGGCCGCACUAGAGCAGCGAGGCCUAGCCAAGAGCGGGCAGAAGAGUGCCCUGGUUAAGCGGCUCAAAGGGGCUCUAAUGCUAGAAAAUUUACAGAAACAUUCAACACCCCAUGCUGCAUUCCAGCCAAAUUCCCAGAUUGGCGAGGAAAUGAGCCAGAACAGUUUCAUAAAGCAGUAUCUGGAAAAGCAGCAGGAGCUACUUAGACAGCGUUUGGAACGUGAAGCUCGAGAAGCUGCAGAACUUGAAGAAGCUUCAGCUGAGUCGGAGGAUGAGAUGAUCCAUCCUGGGGGAGUGGCUUCCCUGCUGCCUCCUGACUUUCAGAGCAGCCUGGAGAGACCAGAGCUGGAGCUCAGCAGACAUUCGCCCAGAGAGCAUGUUUAUAUUUAUAAGAUGUGGAUGGCAAGAGCAGCUAAAUCCUCUGAGUGUAGUCAAGCUGCUGAGGGGGAAGAGAAUCAAGAAGUACCUUCUAGAAAUCUGAGGGUCAGAGCAGAUCGAAAUUUGAAAACAGAAGAGGAAGAAGAAGAGGAGGAAGAGGAGGAAGAUGAGGAAGAGGAAGAGGAAGAAGAGGAAGGACAAAAAUCUAGGGAGGCACCAAUCCUGAAACAGUUUCAGGAAGAAGAGGGAGAUGUGAUGCCCAGAGCAAAACCAGAGGAGGUGAUUGAUGAGAGACCCAAAACCAUAAGAGCUCAGGAACAGGAGGGGCUAGAGAGAGGAGGACGAGUUACAAGAUCCCAGGAAGAAGCUAGAACUCGUCAUCUCACCAAACAGCAACAAGAGAAAGAGAUGCAAUCAGUUUCCCCCCUUGAGGAGAAAGGAGAAGAAAUAAAAUUUUCACAAGGCUUGGAAGAAAAAUCACAGUCCCCUUCCCCUCCUCUACUGACCGAAGAUCUAGAGAAGGCCCCUCUUGUGCUACCACUGGAGCAAACUGCCAGUGAGGAGGAGACUCCCCCACCUUUACUUACCAAGGAAGCAUCUUCUCCACCACCUCAUACACAACUCCAGAGUGAGGAAGAAAUAGAACCCAUGGAAGGCCCAGCACCCCCUGUCCUCGUCCAGUUAUCUCCUAAUACAGAUGCUGAGACCAGACAGCUUUUAAUAUCUCAGCAUACUGUGCAGUUGGUAGGUGGCCUGUCGUCUUUGUCAAGUCCUGCAGACACCAAAGCAGAAUCUCCAGCAGAGAAAGUGCCAGAAGAGAAUGUUCUGCCUCUACUUCAGAAAAGCACAUUGGCUGAAUACUCAACCCAGAAAGGUCUUGAAACUGAGCCAGAAAAAUCUGCUCAGCCAGUCCCUUUAAAAAUGGAGGAAUUAACAUCACCCAAAGGCAUUACUGAGGAAUCUCUGAAACAACCAUCUUUGGAACAGAAGGAAGGCAGAAGGGCUUCACAUAAUCUUUUCCCAAGCCACAGAUUGAAACAGUCAGCUGACUCAUCCUCUAGCCGAUCCUCCUCUUCUUCCUCCAGUUCUAGAUCUAGGUCUCGUUCUCCUGAUAGCUCUGGCUCUCAGUCUCUCUCACCUCCAAGAUCCAAGCAGAGAGAUAAAUCCCAGGCACGAAUUCACGCCAACCCUCAUGGUAGACCCAAGACAGGCUCCAGGUCAACAUCAGAAUCUAGGUCACGUUCCCGAUCUCGUUCCCGUUCCCAUUCAGCAUCAAGCAGCAGCAGAAAAUCUCUGAGCCCUGGAGCCUCCAGGGACAGCAACACCAGCUACACUGAAACCAAAGAUCCCUCUUCUGGUCAGGAGAUUGCAGUUCCACCAAUGCCACAGCUGCAGGUUCUUGAGCCAAAGGAGAGAACUUCCACCUCCUCAUCCAUCCAAGUGAGGCGUCUGAGCCAGCCUGAUCCAGCCGAAAAGCUCAUGACCCAGAAGUUACAGCCUGAGCGGGUGAGCCCAAAGAAGUGUGAAGCUGAAGAGGCAGAGCCACCAGCUGCCACACAGCCUCAAACCCCAGAAACUCAGACCUCUUAUCUACCAGAAUCAGAAAGGAUUCAUCCCACUGUUGAGGAGAAGGAGGAAGUGACAAUGGACACAAGUGAAAACAGACCUGAAAAUGAGGUUCCAGAGCCUCCAAUGCCUAUUGCAGACCAAAUCAGUAACGAUGACCRCCCAGAAGUCAGCGCUGAAGAUGAGGAGAAGAAAGAGAGCUCGCUGCCCAAAUCAUUCAAGAGGAAGAUCUCCGUUGUCUCAGCUACCAAGGGGGUACCAGCUGGAAACAGUGACACAGAGGGUGGCCAGCCUGGUCGGAAACGUCGUUGGGGAGCCAGCACAGCCACCACACAGAAGAAGCCCUCCAUCAGUAUCACCACUGAAUCACUCAAGAGCCUCAUCCCCGACAUCAAACCCCUGGCGGGGCAGGAGGCUGUUGUGGAUCUUCAUGCUGAUGACUCCCGCAUCUCUGAGGAUGAGACAGAGCGUAAUGGUGACGAUGGGACCCAUGACAAGGGGCUGAAAAUAUGCCGGACAGUCACUCAGGUAGUACCUGCAGAAGGCCAGGAAAAUGGGCAGAGAGAAGAAGAGGAAGAAGAGAAGGAGCCUGAAGCAGAACCCCCUGUACCUCCCCAAGUGUCAGUAGAGGUAGCCUUGCCACCUCCUGUGGAACAUGAAGUAAAGAAAGUGACUUUAGGAGACACUUUAACUCGACGGUCCAUUAGCCAGCAGAAGUCUGGAGUUUCCAUUACAAUUGAUGACCCAGUUCGAACUGCCCAGGUGCCCUCCCCACCCCGAGGCAAAAUCAGUAACAUCGUCCAUAUCUCCAAUUUGGUUCGUCCCUUCACUUUAGGCCAACUGAAGGAAUUGUUGGGACGUACAGGAACCUUGGUGGAAGAGGCCUUCUGGAUUGACAAGAUCAAAUCUCAUUGCUUUGUAACGUACUCAACAGUAGAGGAAGCCGUAGCCACCCGCACAGCUCUGCAUGGGGUCAAAUGGCCCCAGUCCAAUCCCAAAUUCCUUUGUGCUGACUACGCUGAACAAGAUGAGCUGGACUACCACCGGGGCCUCUUGGUGGACCGUCCCUCUGAAACUAAGACUGAGGAACAGGGGGUACCCCGGCCUCUUCACCCUCCGCCUCCACCCCCAGUCCAGCCACCACAGCACCCACGGGCAGAACAGCGGGAGCAAGAACGGGCAGUGAGGGAACAGUGGGCAGAACGGGAACGGGAAAUGGAGCGACGAGAACGAACUCGAUCAGAGCGGGAAUGGGAUCGUGAUAAAGUUCGAGAAGGUCCCCGUUCCCGAUCACGUUCCCGUGAUCGCCGCCGCAAGGAACGUGCAAAGUCUAAAGAGAAGAAAAGUGAGAAGAAAGAGAAAGCCCAGGAGGAGCCACCUGCCAAGCUGCUAGACGAUCUUUUUCGUAAGACUAAGGCAGCUCCCUGCAUCUAUUGGCUCCCACUUACUGACAGCCAGAUUGUUCAGAAGGAGGCAGAGCGGGCUGAACGGGCCAAGGAACGGGAAAAGCGGCGAAAGGAACAAGAAGAAGAAGAACAGAAGGAGCGUGAGAAGGAAGCUGAGCGGGAACGGAACCGACAGCUGGAGAGGGAGAAACGCCGAGAGCAUAGCCGGGAGAGGGACAGGGAGAGAGACAGGGACAGGGAGAGGGACAGGGGGGACCGAGAUCGGGAUAGAGAAAGGGACCGGGAACGAGGCAGGGAGAGGGAUCGCAGAGACACCAAGCGCCACAGCAGAAGCCGAAGUCGGAGCACACCAGUUCGUGACAGGGGUGGGCGUCGCUAGCUGGAAAAACACUAGAGAGCUGCAGGUACCAGCCACUCUGCCCCAGGGGGUUGAAGGCCACAGAGGGAUAGGUACAAUCACCACCACCCUGUAACCAAGGGUUUUUCACACCAUUUGCCCAGUGCUGAAGUAUGAYUGCCACCUGUCCCCACAUAACCAAAUGGAGCAGUGGCCAUCUUUCCCCCUCAUACACUCUCCUUAACCUAUCUGUUGGGGCUUAGCCCUUCCUUCCCUCUCAUUUUUCCAUUAAGUCUGUGAGAGGGAAGAGCCAGGUUAUGGAGGGAGGUGGUUGGCCAGAGGUGGGAAACAAGUCCCCCAAACCUCUUUGAUUUUUCCCUCUGUCCUACUCACCACCUUCCUUGGGUACUCACAGCCUCCUCUUGGGAACAGCCGGGGCCAGGACUGGGUCACCUAUGAGCUGAAUCAGCAUCUCUUCCUGAGUCCCCGGGCCCCUGCAGUUCCCAGUCUCUUCUGUCCUGCAGCCUUUGCCUCUUGCCCACUGGUUCCACUUUAUAUCCACCUUUUCCUUUCGUUCAAUUUUUAUUUUUAUUUUUUUUAUUAUUAAAUGAUGUGGUCUAUGGAAAAAAAAUAAAAA